AGCUCGGCCUUUCGGCCCGUAGCAGCCUCUUGCUGGAGCUGUGGUAGCAGCCGCCACCUGGCAGCCCUCAAGCCAUGGAGCCGUCGGAAGCUUCGGGGUGGGAGCCUCUGGGCAGAUCAGAGAUUCUCCCCAGGACAGAACUUACCUGGCUGGUGAAAAAUUUUGAAUCAGACAGAGGGAUACACAAGCACUGCUGUCCACAACACAAGAAAUGGAGCUGAGGAGGCGAGACUACCACGUGGAGCGGCCACUGCUGAACCAGAAACAGCUGGAGGAGCUGGGGCGCUGGAGCUCAGUGACUGGGACCCACCAGUGGCGAACCUGGUUGCAGUGCUCCCAUGCUCGGGCCCGAGCACUUCUGCUCCAAUACCUCCCUGUUUUGGCUUGGCUACCCCGGUAUCCUGUGCGUGACUGGCUCCUGGGUGACCUGUUGUCUGGCCUAAGUGUGGCCAUUAUGCAGCUACCACAGGGCCUAGCCUAUGCCCUCCUGGCUGGACUGCCCCCAGUGUUUGGCCUCUACAGCUCCUUCUACCCUGUCUUUAUCUACUUCCUGUUUGGCACUUCCCGGCACAUCUCUGUGGGCACUUUUGCUGUCAUGUCUGUGAUGGUGGGCAGUGUGACAGAAUCCCUGGCCCCAGAUGAGGACUUCCUUCAGGACUUGAACUCCACAGUCAAUGAGACGGCCAGAGAUGCUGCCCGGGUGCAGCUGGCCUCCGCACUCAGUGUCCUAGUUGGCCUUUUCCAGGUGGGGCUUGGCCUGGUCCACUUCGGCUUCGUGGUCACCUACCUGUCAGAACCUCUGGUCCAUGGCUAUACCACAGCUGCAUCUGUGCAGGUUUUCAUCUCGCAGCUCAAGUAUGUGUUUGGCCUCCAAUUGAGCAGCCGCUCUGGGCCACUGUCCAUCAUCUAUACACUGCUAGAAGUCUGCUGGAAGCUGCCCCAGAGCGUGGUUGGCACCAUGGUCACCGCACUUGUGGCAGGGGUAGUGCUUGUGGUGGUGAAGCUACUGAAUGACAAGCUGCAACAACAUCUGCCCCUGCCGAUCCCCGGGGAACUGCUCACGCUCAUCGGGGCCACAGGCAUCUCCUACGGCGUGGGCCUGAAGCACAGAUUUGGGGUGGAUGUCGUGGGUGACAUCCCUGCAGGGCUGCUACCCCCAGUGGCCCCCAACUCCCAGCUGUUCGCAAAACUUGUGGGAAAUGCCUUCGCCAUCGCUGUGGUUGGGUUCGCCAUUGCCAUCUCGCUGGGGAAGAUCUUCGCACUGAGGCAUGGCUACAGGGUGGACAGCAACCAGGAGCUGGUGGCCCUUGGCCUCAGUAACCUUAUUGGGGGCGUCUUCCAGUGCUUCCCUGUGAGUUGCUCUAUGUCUCGGAGCCUGGUACAAGAGAGCACAGGGGGCAACACACAGGUUGCUGGAGCUGUCUCCUCCCUCUUCAUCCUCAUUAUCAUUGUCAAACUUGGGGAACUCUUCCAAGACCUGCCUAAGGCAGUCCUGGCAGCCGCCAUUAUCGUGAACUUGAAGGGCAUGUUGAUGCAGUUCACAGACAUAUGCUCCCUCUGGAAGGCAAAUCGAAUGGAUCUGCUCAUCUGGCUGGUGACCUUUGUGGCCACCAUCCUGCUGAACCUGGACCUUGGCCUAGCAGCUGCGGUGGCCUUCUCCCUGCUGCUUGUGGUGUUCCGCACGCAGCUGCCUCACUAUUCUAUCCUGGGGCAGGUGCCAGACACGGACAUUUACAGAGAUGUGGCAGAGUACUCAGAGGCCAGGGAGGUCCCAGGCGUGAAGGUCUUCCGCUCCUCAGCCACUGUGUACUUUGCCAACGCUGAACUCUACAGUGACACAUUGAAGCAGAAGUGUGGUAUAGACGUCGACCGCCUCAUCUCCCGGAAGAAGAAGCUGCUCAAGAAGAAGGAGCUAAAGCUGAAGCGACUGCUGAAGGAGGAGAAGCUCCAGAGACAGGCAGGGCCCCUUGAGCCGGCUGCUGCCUCCAAGGGCACUUCCGUUUCCAUCAAUGCCAACACCAGCAUCAGAGACAUCGAGAGCAACAACAUGGAGGGCUCCAAGGCCAAGCAGGUGAGCGCAGGGAAGGAACUAGAGGAUACAGCAGCCAGCGGUCAAGAAGAUGCCAAGGCCCCAGAUGGGUCCACACUGAAGGCCCUGGGCCUGCCUCAGCCGGAUUUCCACAGCCUUGUCCUGGACCUGGGUGCCCUCUCCUUCGUGGACACUGUGUGCCUCAAGAGCCUGAAGAAUAUUUUCCGUGACUUCCGGGAGAUCGAGGUGGAGGUGUACAUGGCCGCCUGCCACAGUGCGUGGGGUGGGGAUGGCAGGAAUGGUCCGGGAAGGGGGUGGGGCUCUUCCCGUCAAGGAGUCUGCCAGGCAGCACAAGCCCCUGUGGUCACACAGCUUGAGGCUGGGCACUUCUUCGAUGCGUCUAUCACUAAGCAGCAUCUCUUUGCCUCUGUCCACGAUGCUGUCGUCUUUGCCCUCCAACACCCAAGGUCUGGUCCCGUCAGCCCUGUUUCGGUUACCCAACUCUGACCGUGCUGCCACCCUACCUGAGACUGCCUACCUCUGGAGAUUGUGACGUGGCACCCAUGAGAACCCCCUGACCCCUAGGCUGCCUCCAGCUGUCACCCAGGAGUACCCUCCGUAUACACAUACAUAACUCAGGGAUGGAGGUCCUGGGACUCCGCGUUCAGUGUGAUGGGGCACUGGAGUCGGCCAGCACUGGCCAGGGCAGGGGAGCAUGCGUGUUUGCAGCCUCAGGAAUAAAGAUUUGUUUGCCCAA